AUGAGUUAUAGAGGAAGAGGAAGAGGUGGAGGUUAUAAUAACAACUACAACAAUUAUAACCACGGAAACAGAAAUCAAUACUCAUCUGGAUCGCAUCAACAAAAUGUCGAUGCCUUUGUCACUGCAAAUCAAUAUCCCAUUGAAAUCAUGGGUUGGAAUGGAGCUAGUCUGACUGAAUGUAUUAAUUUUAUUUCCCGUAAAUGUAAAGUGAUAGUUUCAAAUUAUAGUGUGGAUUCAAACAGUGGUAUUUUGAAAGGUUAUGUUAAAAAUGAAUCCCAAGCAAAUACAUUAAUGGAUUGGUCGGGUGUAAAAUUUGCUGGACAAUCUUUACGUUUUUCCAAAGGUGUUUCCAACUUAUCUAGUCAAAUGGGUACUUCGGGAGGUUCAGGUUCAGGUACUGGGUCUACAAUUGAAACAAUUACCCAGUUUUUGAAAUCAAGAUACCAACCAGAACUUAGAAUGUUGAAUCUUAGUAAUGUCAAGCAAGACCCUAGUUUGAAUGCUCAAGGAUUCUUUGGAUCAAUUUCAGUCAGUUCAAAAUUUUUCCCUGCUUUAAUGAAAGUAGCAGAUGAUUUAAAAUUAGAUGUUAUUACUGUUGACUUAUCCAACAAUGAAUUGCAAGAUUUACAGACAUUAACUUCUAUGGCUCAAACUUUCCCUAGACUACAAAAUCUUUCUUUACAAAACAACAAUUUUUCAAGAAUCAAGGUUUUUGAAACAUGGAGACAUAAAUUAAACUUUUUAAGAGAAUUGAUUUUGUUUAAUAAUCCAAUUGUACAAACAAACAAUCCAACUGAGAUUCAAAAUAUCAAAUUGGAAUUAAUGAAAUCAUUCCCUAGGUUGGUUGUCUUGAAUGGGGAAGUGUUAAGAAAUGAACAAGCAUUAAAUUCAUACUUGUCAUUCCCCUUCCCAGCUCAACAAUCCAUGUUUUUCCAAGACGAUGAUUCCAGAAACCUUGCAACUAAUUUUAUUGCUAACUAUAUUAAAUUAUGGGAUUCCAAUCGUGCUGAAUUAAUGAUUUUAUACCAAAACGAAUCACAAUUUUCCAUGCAAGUAGACUCAUCACAUCCUUAUCUCAUUGAUAGUAACAGCAAUAAUUCAACUGAUUUUGGUUACUAUUUAACCAAUUCAAGAAACUUGACAAGAAUUUCUUCCAUCAAGGCAAGAAUGGACAAAUUGGCCACUGGACAAGAACAAAUUUAUAAAGCAUUCCAAAAAUUACCAAAAACUCGUCAUGAAUUGUUUGAAAAACCUGAUCUAUUUAGCAUGGAGGUUUACAAAUUUCCGUCACUUAAUGGUAUCACAAUUACCAUUCAUGGAAGUUUUGAAGAAACCGCCCAACCUGAAGUAGAUGGAAGUAUGUCAUCUACACCAAGUGGACCAAGAGGUGGUUCAAGAUAUCAUUCUGCACCAAAGCACAAGAGAAUACCUUUAAGUAAAAAAUCAUUUGAUAGAACAUUUGUUGUUAUUCCUGGUCCAAAUGGUAGUAUGAUUGUUGCAAGUGAUUCCUUGUUGAUUAGACCAUAUACUACCAAAUUUCCUUGGGACGCUGAAUCCACUGCCAAUGCACAAAAUCCAGCUGUUGCUGGAGCUGCCCCUGCUGGAGCAGCAACCAAUCCAGCUACUGCUACUGCUACUCCAACACCCCCACCACAAUCACAAGGUGGAGUUACUCCAUCUAUACAAGUUGUUUCUCCCACCCCAACAGCGGCCGAUUUGCCAGCAGAAAUUAAAGCUAGACUCAAUCAAGUACAACAAGAAAUUUUGGUUAAAGUUUUAUUGGAAACAAAAUUGAAUAUUAAUUAUGGUCUAAUGUUAUUGGAACAAAGUAAUUGGGAUUAUCAACAAGCAUCAGUGAAUUUUAAAAACUCAGCUGCUUCUUUACCAAGAGAUGCAUUUGUAUAG